AUGGAACACGAAAUCCAACAGUUUCUGACCUACAUGGCGGCGGAGCGGGGAGCAUCGGCGAACACGAUUUCCGCCUACCGCAACGACCUCGCGCAGCUGCGCGCCUACUUCAUCGAGCAACAACCGAGGCAAGGCGAAGGCGCCGGGACGGUCACGCCGAUCGAGGAGAUCGACGCGGAGCAGCUCCAGGAGUACAUCGUCCACCUGCGCGAGCAGCAGUAUGCUCCCGCGACGGUGGCGCGGAAGGUUGCCGCAGUCAAGAGCCUGUUCAGUUAUCUGCGCGGCGAGGGCCUGAUUGUCGUCAAUCCGGCCGAACAGCUGUCCUCGCCCCGUGUGGGUCGCAGCUUGCCGCGGACGCUGACGAUCCAGGAGGUCGAUGUGCUGCUCGAGCAGCCAGGCCGCUGGGACACGCCGGAGGCGGCUCGCGACCAGGCGAUGCUGGAAAUGCUCUAUGCGACCGGCAUGCGCGUCUCGGAGUUUGUUUCUCUUGACCUGUCCUCGAUUGAGCUGCAGGGACAGCGCGCCUCGGUGCGUUGUGUCGGCAAAGGUCGGCGCGAACGAUUGAUUCCGAUCCAUUCGGCCGCAGUUGCGGCGUUGCAUCACUACCUGCAGGAAGCACGGCCCAAGCUGGCUCGUGGUCGCCGCGAUGUGGCGCUGUUCAUCAAUCGUCGCGGCGAGCGGCUGACCCGCCAGGGCGUCUGGCUGAUCAUCAAGAACUACGCACAGGAAGCUGGCAUCGCCGGUGUGACGCCGCACACGCUGCGCCAUAGCUUCGCCACACACCUGCUGCGCGGCUCAGCGCCGUUGCGCAAUGUGCAGGAGCUGAUGGGUCACGCCAAUAUCUCGACGACCCAGCUGUACACCCAGCUGACCGACGAACACCUGCGGGACGUCUACGAUCGGGCUCAUCCCCGCGCCAGCUAG